AUGGUGUUCCAACUCCCCUCGGCUGUCGAUCCAGACGCCGUGGGAGUGUUAUUCUAUUCAUUUCUUUGUCUGUUUGCCAACAUCUUGUUGGUAUGGCUAACCUGGACUCACAAUGAUAGGACAAGUUAUAUCGCUUGUAUCUCCUACACUACUCUCAUAGUUACCAUAACGAGCAUUUGUCAGCAGUUCUACGACUAUGCAUACUGGGUGGACAUCAUGACAGACCAGUUUUACUAUGCCAGACAGAAUGCCGAGAAUGCAGAGGUUCAAUAUCAUAAGGGCUCACAGGGUGUUAAACUCAUCCUAAGCUACAUUCGAAUAUUUGGUUUUACUAUUGAAUCAACAUUUGUGUUUUUCUUUGCUUUGUCUCUAGCUGCCAGUGUAUAUGGCUGGUUUGCAACGACCCCCCGAACAACUCGUACAAUUUCCAUCAUUGGCAGAAUUCUGCCUUUUGUACUUGGUGCCAUCACAGUCGGCCUGCUGCAGGCACCAUUUGUACAAGAGUCCUUUUUAGUGUAUAUGCUUGUUGCUAAUACACAAUUUGUGCUAAGUCUUUUGGGCAGUGCUAUACUACUGCUCAUGAUUUUGUUUAAAUACGUCCACUCACGGCGAAAUCUACAAACAUGGAACGUACUUUAUGGGAAUGUCGGCUCUUUGCCCAGUAGCAACGCCCCCAGCAGCAAGUCUCGGUCUGUUUGGCUCGGCAGCAGCUCGAGCCGCGGUGGUGGACGAAGCCGAGCAAACAGCAGCGCUGGCGGUAGCAACACAUACGACAGCUGGCUGGUCAUCCGACUUUCCAUAGCAUUUGUGGUUCUAUGUGUUUUUGAGUACACCAAUACCGUACCGCGCCUUGCCGCAAAAAAUCAUACUAUCAAUACUGCAGAUGAUUUGAUGCCAGAUCUCAGUGUAAAGCGAGCACUCUCUAGUGUUCGUGGCUAUGUUUCUGGCGUCACUCCUAGUUUGGUCGCAUUUCUGGUUUUCGGAACUACGAAAGCGUUUCAAACCAAAAUGUAUAUGACAUUUGUGCCCAAAUGGCUACGUCGAAAGAGUAGGCCAAAGAGAAACCUGUCAUUCUCGUUCGGCGACUCGGGACCGCCGCCACUAAAACUGCAACCCACCACAGAUCAAACACCACAAGUCGAUGAAUGGCCACUGACUGAUAUGACUCCAAAACCGUCUUAUGCCGGCAACUACAGCCCCCGAUACCCGAAUAAUGGGAGCAUGAGCCCUAGACUGCCACAUGGCAUGCACUCGAAUUCAGCGUCCCGUAUAGGAUCACCGAAGCUCACGCCAACUCAUAAUCCAACUUUCAGGCAGCCAAGUCCAAACACAGCGUCAUUUUCGAGCCCGACCAGGCCAGUCACGGGCGUGAGUGUUGGCAGCCCGAGUUUGCAUUCGAAAUUUUCGACAUACGGACGGCCUGAGACGAGAGAUGGAACAUUUUACAAUACCCCUUGA